ACAUGUCGCAAUAUGGCAAAUUCUACGACUUUUGUCGCGAUACAGGCAGCUUGCGAUCAACAUUGCCAGUGUGUAAUUCGGCAUCACGAGGAGGCAGUGGCUUUGGCGGAUGCGAUCUCCGUGGUAUCUCGCUAGGAGGAGGAAGAUAUCUUGCCAACCUUGGUUCCAUAUUGAUCGACGGUCUGGCCAUCCUCAUCGCCCUGUUCCUGAUAUGGAGAUCGAAUAGAAAGCGUGCUGCCGUCGGAAGAAGGGAAAUGCAAUUGUUCCUCGUCGGAUACAUUAUCAUCUCAAUCUGCGCAAUCUUCACCAUUGGCUGGUUUCCUCUUGAUGGCGCUGUGCGAAGGGUGAGUUGCUUCCACAUGACGUCUGCUUGCAAAUUUGAAACUGACCAUACUAGNGCCUUCUCUGCCGUACACAUUGCCGCCAUUAUUGCAACUACAUGGAUCCUCCUCAUGAACGGAGCCGUUGGCUAUCAGUUCCUGGACGACGGAACUUUCGUUUCGCUGGCUUUGAUCUUUGGUUCUGCGGCUAUUCUCUUUAUCGGUACUGGCUACAUUGCGCUCGACACUGGUUUCAGCUGGACUGGAUACUGGGACGACACUCUCGUUGCUCCGAACCGUGCAUACGCCCUUUAUACUUUGUAUCAGCUCGUUCCGCUAGUCUUCCUUUUCAUCUUCUUCGUUCUGGAAGCAUUCAUCGUCGUCCGAGUCCUCGGCGAGGUUAGACCCAUGUUCUACCUCAUCGCAGCAGUACUUCUCUUCGCCAUCGGACAGAUCUUCCAAUAUGUUAUCAGCGUACACCUUUGCACUGCGACCAAUGGAGCCAUCAAUGGAGGUCUCUUUGAGUCGCUAUUUACACUCUUGGCCAUUAUCAUGAUCUGGGUAUUCUGGUCCAGCAUCACCGAAGACGACUGGCCCCUUCCCUCGACUGAGACCAGCACAUACACC